AGUCAGACUGCAUCCUGAUGCCCUCUUGGUCAGGGUGUUGGUAGCAGUCCAAUUAAAUUAUGGCUGCAGUCCUCGUAGAGUAACACAUGUGGUUCUGUUGAAGCAAUGAAUCUGUAGAAGGGCAUCGUUUUCUUCUGAACGUCUUGUGGUGGUUUAGAAGGGUCUGGUCUUCCUCUGGGAAUCCAGUGGAAAAAGGCUGACUGUGGUGUUCCAAAUCCCAGAUUAUACCCAUGUGGGAAUGUUUGGCUCCUCCCCUGGAAGAAGCAUCUCACAAUGGGAUGAUGUCUUUUAUCAGUCAUGUAGUAAGGCUCAAAGGCCCAUUAAAAAAAAAAGAAGAUAUGUGCCUGGAGGGAGGAUUGGUUGUGGAAGAGAUAAAGAAAACUGCCCCAUCAAGUUUUAACAGCUGGCCCAUUAACAGAGGGUAUCUACCAUCCCCUGGAGUUAUGAGGGUAGGCUCAUGGAAGAGAUAAAGACCACUGGCCCACCUGGUUUUAACAGACAGUAAAAGAAUACAUGCUUUUGGCUACAUAUUGCAUUGCAACCUAAGACACAUUGUCAGUCACACUGAGCUGGUAACCGGAGCUCCAAAGGCAGCUGCAGCUGAGGUGACACCAUCAAUAAAUAACGGAGUGCUAGCAGGGUUGCACACAGGACCGCCUGCCUCUGCCUGCCUGGAGUGUGGGGACAGGUAAGUGCCACCACCAUUGCCCUAUCAUUUUGCUGUGGCUGGGCACCCCCAACAGCUCAGGGUGUCGGCAGCAGGGUGUGGGGAGCAGGGUGUGAGGUGCAGAAUAGGGGGGUGGGAGCAGCCUUGCUGGACCAGGGGCGUGCAAGGGGUUGUGCUGUACAAGGCCCCUCACAGCAGCACAAUCCCCUGGGAUGCCAGCCCUGCUGACCCCAAUAUCUGGACCCUGGCAGCUGGGUGCCCAGCACUCCCCGGCCCUGGCACAGGGACCUCCAGAGCAUCCUGGGAAAGGCAUUCUCUCCCUGCAGGCCCAGCAGCACUGGAGCUCAGGGAAAGGUACUUCCAGGGGGUGCACAGGACAGCCAACUCACGGCAUGAGUGGCAGUUGUGAGCCUGGCACCCUGGGAGGAUGUCCUACCACAGCAUCCCCUGUCGGGAUAGAUUUGCCUUGUUACGGUUCAGGGCUCGCAGUGCUUCAGCGAUCUCUGCACCAGGGAGAUUUUCAAAGCCUGAGCCCAAGGUUAUGCUACUGAUAGUGGACACAACGGGUGCAGAACUUCCCAUUUGACAGAACUCCCAAGAUAGGCAGGAAACUAACAAAGUCAUCUCAGCAACUGUGCCAAAAUCACAGCCUCACUCUCUUGUGAUGGUGUCUCCGGCGAUUGCCCUGGCCUUCCUCCCCUUCAUUGUCACACUGCUGAUACGGUACCGGCACUACCUGGUGCUGCUGUACCGGGCAGUGCUGGUGCCCUGGCUGCGGGACCGGCUCACCGGCACCUCGCGGGAGCAGCGUGCCUUCCAGUACGUGCUGACUCAUGCUAUCCCUGGGGACCCCCACCACAUCCUCCAGACCUUCGAUCAUUGGUGCUACCACUGUGAGCACCUCAGCUGUGCGCAUGCCGUGUCAGGGCGGAUCGUGGAGCGAGUGCUGUUGGAGCGGGCACCGCUGCGGGUGCUGGAGCUGGGCACGUACUGUGGCUACGGCACCGUGCUGCUGGCACAGGGGCUGCCCCCAGGCGCCCGUCUCUACACCAUUGAGGGAGACCCCCGACAUGCUGCCGUGGCCGAGAAGGUCAUCCGCCUGGCCGGCUUCAGUGAGCAGACGGUGGAGCUGAUCGUGGGCCCCUCGGAGGAGGUGAUACCUCACCUGCGGGAGAAGCACGGCCUGAUGAAUGCCAACUUGGUCUUCAUGGAUCACUGGAAACGCUGCUACCUGCGGGACCUACAGUUGCUGGAGAGCCACCAGCUGCUGGCUGAGGGGGCCACCAUCCUAGCUGAUAACAUCCUCUUCCCUGGGGCACCCCACUUCCUGCAGUACGCCAAGACCUGUGGCAAAUACCACUGCAAGGUGCACCGCUCCAGACUGGAGUACUUCCGCGGCAUUCCUGAUGGCAUCGCUGAGCUCCGCUAUACCGGUACCCACUGAGCAGGCGGCAAGCCUCUGCCUUGUGCUGGCCAUGGCUACCGCAGGAGUGCCAGGUCCCAACCCCCUGCCUCAGCCUCAACACGGGCUCUGGAGGAAACACAGUGGCUGCUGUGGUCUGUGGUAGGGCACAGUGGGGAACGAUGGGGCUCACUCCCCACAGCGCUCCUGCAAUACGCAGGGAGGACUGCCAGGCACACCAGUGCAUGGUGGGCAGCAGUCCUGCACUUGCCUGCGUGAUACCCUCUGCCUGCCCUGGUGGCCUCAGACACCAGAUUUGGCGUUGUUUCCUUGAAAACUGAGUUUAUUAGAAAAGAUGUGUCAGCUCCAAUGUGCCACGUGGCAGUGUCCCCUCUGGCUCCCCUCGGGGGCUUCCCUCUGGACCCCCUGCACCACACAGCACCCAUGGCAGGCAGGAGCUUCACUGAACUGUCCCCCAGAGCCAUGGGGGGCAAAGGCUGUCCCCUAGCCUCCACUUUGGUGUAGCUGUGGCAGAAUCAGA